UUUAUGACAGUAACUAUUUUACAAUAACGAGAACAUAUAAAGAAGUGUCAAGUGCAUUAAUAUAUGUCCUUAAAUCAUAAUAAAUGAUUGUAAACGCAAGCGGCAAACUUUUGCCAGAGGUGGGUAGAGGGAGGUAGGUGGCCGCUUGAUGGUUGACUGAACUGGGGAUCGAGAUGGGCGUUGGGACGUUGGCCAAGGUCUGGUGGUUGGCUGAGAUCAAAAGAUGGCUAGAGGGCCGUUGAUCAAGUGAGGUUAGGGAUUUUUUUUUUUUUUGGGUAGGGAAGGGCGAUUUGAGAUUUUGAAGUGAGAAGGAAUGAGAUGGGAACCAGAUGUUAAAGCAGCGUCAAGUAAACAACAAUCAAGCAGGGCUUCCUGGUACAACUGGGUCCAUAAAAAGACCGGUACUUGAAUUACUCAAUCAAAAACAGAGCCUGCACCUACGUGGAAGAAGCCUCUACCCUCGUCUCUCUCAUCUCUACUCCUUCCACCAGGAGACCCGCGAUGGGAAGCGCCGGCGUCCUCUCUUCAGUCGCAAGAAGGCUCGAAGGCAAGGUGGCACUCAUCACCGGCGGCGCAAGUGGCAUCGGCAAAGCCACCGCCAAACUCUUUGCCCGCUACGGUGCCCGGGUGGUGAUUGCCGACGUCCAAGAUGACAAGGGCCAUGAGCUCUGCCGCGACCUCGGCCCCAACGUCGUCUCCUACGUCCACUGCGAUGUCACCGACGAAUCUCAUGUCCGAGAGGCGGUCGACUCCACCAUGUCACGCCAUGGAAAGCUCGACAUCAUGUUCAACAACGCCGGCAUCAUCGGCUCGCCAGGCAUGCAGAUCCUGGAGACCGACAAGGCCAACUUCGAGAAGGUGGUGGGGGUCAACUUGGUGGGUUGCUACCUGGGGACGAAGCAAGCGGCACGGGUGAUGAUCCCUGCACGCCAGGGCAGCAUCGUCAUGACCGCGAGCGUCGCGGGGGUGAUAGGGGCCCUAACGCCGCAUGCAUACACUUGCUCGAAGCACGCCGUGGUGGGCCUGAUGAGGGGCGCAGCGGUGGAGCUCGGGCAGUUCGGGAUCCGUGUGAACUGCGUGUCGCCUUAUCUGGUUGCCACGCCGCUGGCGUCCAAGGCGUUUUCUAGGGACGAGGAGAAGCUGGAGGAGUUCGCGGAAGAGCACGCCGUUCUCAAAGGGAAGACGCUCAAGGCGGAAGACGUGGCGGAGGCGGUGGCGUAUCUCGGGAGCGAUGAGGCCGGGUACGUGAGCGGGCUCAACCUUCCGGUGGAUGGGGCCUUCACAAAGACCAAUACGGCACUUGGGUUGCACUUGUACUCGGAUCUGUGAUGAUCCAGGUCUGCUUGCUUUCCUGGGGUUGCUACUUGCCUGGCUACAUGGAUGGCGAUCUUUGGCUCAAUAAGGUCAUCCGCUAGUCUGCUCUGUUUUGAGUCCAGUAUGUUUGCUCCGUAGAGUGCGAUCAUCUAAAUAAUGUUGGAUUUUAAAGAUA